AUCGUCUCUGUAGUUCACAGCCGCAGCCAGUCUCCCGCAGUAACUUUCCAAAGCUGCCCUGAGCUGUGCAGAAUCUGCAGAUUUCUGUGGGUGGAGUUGAGUGACGUCUUGCAGCAGCCCUCGAAGAAUGCGCAUCUCCACGAUUCUGUGCAGAGCUGCGGAAAUUUGCGCUAUAAGAACACGACCAGAAGUCUCCUGAACAGACUGGGAUACUCAAUUAAGGAAUGUGCUCGUGUACGGAAGUAUGGAUGGCUGCAGGGUAUUGAAAGGUGGCGAAGAGACGGCGCAAAAACAACAGAAAACAAUUUCUAAGGAAUUGCUGUCUGUUGGAAAUGGAGGAGGCAUUCAUGACAAACUGCUCCUAAACUCGAAGCGCUCCAGUAAAAAUGUGACUUCCCCGCAGAUUGCGAAGGUCCCAAGGAGCGGUGUAUUAGACAGACUGCAGAGUUUUCUACCACAGAUGGCCCAGGCCAAUGAGAGACUGGAACUGCAGAUGGAGGAAUCUCCAGCUGGCCAGUUCGAUAUUGAGAACAUUGAAGGCAAUCAUGGGAAAAUCAUUGAGAUGGAUGUGGCGUUUGUGGAACUAGAUGAUUCUGACGGCUGUGAAACAGAAGAAUCUGAAUCGGAGGACGAAAGCUCUCAGUCUGAGGAAGACGAGCAGGGGGAGGAGGAGUAUGGGGGCAGUGAUAUGAGGGAAGACCAACUCAAACUACCUGGGAGUCGGGUGAAGAGGACAGGAAAGAUUGAAGUGCUAGAGAGCAUGAAUGGUUAGCCCAUGUGCAAAAGCAGUUAUUUGUUGAACCUCAUUUGUGAAAGACUUGACAGGGACCCAGGAUCAUGAAAUCAUAACCUGCAGGGUUGCUGUUCUGUACUUUUCAAAUUCAAAAUCUGCAAAAGUAGGCCCGGUAGUGAUGAUUUUUUACCCAAACCAGCUACUAGGAACCGAACAAGGACUGAUGGACCAAAUGGCCUCCUCUCAUUUGUAAUUUUUUUUUAGGGUGGACUUUUCUGCUGGUAUCCCCAAAGCAGUUCCAGGUCCUAAAUAAACACCAGAUGACUGGUUAAUUGGGAUGGAUCUGGGAUAUUUAGUGCAUGCAGACAGUAUUUAAUUAACAACUGGAGAAUUAAAGCCUCAAUGUUCCAAGCAGAGGCAGUAUCAGGCAUUUCCACAUGUGGAUCAGUUAUUGGAUUUCCCUAGUGCAUUUUUAGUCCAUGGCAUCUUGGUGUGCCGUUGGCAAAGUGCUUUGUGGGGCCAGUUGUAAUACUGAUUUUGUGAUGUGAAAAGGGUCUGGGAAACACUGAUUUCACCUUUUGAUCAAUGCAGACCUGAGUAUAUCUGUAGCCCAUAGAAUUAGCUACCCAUUUAUUUAGUUACCCUACCUUGACUGAAACAAAAGGUUUUGUAACGAUCAUGAUAUAGAUGGAUAUCUGUUUUAUAUACUGUAUAUAAUAUUUUGAGAUGGAUACAAUAAUGCAUAUAUUACAAGUUAAAAUGUAUGUCAUUUCUGCUUUUGCGUUUCUAAAAGUAAGAGGAAGGUAUUGAUUUUAUACGUUGUGUUUCAGCUGGCUAAAAUGUCCAAACAUUAUAAUCUUUUUUUUUUUUUUUUUACAGUUUGUUUUUCCUAUUUACAUCAACACAAAACAUAAGAAAGAGUGCUGAGGUUUGUUUUUGUGAACAGUAUCAUUAAAGUAUUUGCCAAGACAAGUCCCAAAUGGUCAUACAUACAAGAAAAAAAAAAAGUUUAUUUACUUGAAAUAUUUAUAUAGGGUAGCCCUUUGUACAGGCAACAAGGGUCAAUAGCCCUGUUUAUAAGGAGAUGCAUACAGGUUUUAAAAUGCAAUAAGACAAGCUCAUCUGGAUUUAAUCCAAACAUCUCAAGUUUCCUGGAGUUUUAGUUCAAAAUUAAAAAAUUGAAAUCUUUGCUGUAACAUCUUUCCAUUACAUGUUUAUAUUUAUCCACAUUUAGAGAAAUGACCACUUCAUCUAAAAGUGGUACUGGUACAUAAGCAGCUAAACCAUGUUUGAUAUGGCCUAUUAAACCUAAACAAUAUGUUUUUCACCACACACAGCAAGUUUUAGUCGCAACGUUUAGCAUGAUUGCUAAACACUGGUCAUUUAAAUUCAAGGGACAUGGUUAAAUGUAUGGCAGGUCUAAAAGUAUAAUUUAUUUAUUUAUUUUACUUUUGGCACAGUUCAGUUAUACUGUAACUAUUGAGGUAAACGAUCAAUGUAUCCAUUACAGGUUUACCCCCAGCCCACAGGGCUUUUAAUAGGUAUGAGAAGAAACUAGGUUUAAGUCAUGGAAAGAAAGAAGUUAAAGGAUCUGAGGUUUCAUGGGAAGGUAGUGCAUGUCUUGUUUCCAUCUGCAACUGGGACUCAGCAGCCCGUUAUCUCUGCACGCUGGCAGAAAUUGGUCUGCUGCAUUAAGUUAUGUAAUGAGCACCACAUUAGAGGCGUGUGUUAAACCUGCACUGUAGAACAGAGGGUUGGAGGUAGAUGGAGAAGUUUAUAAAUAUGAAUUCUACAAAAAUAUGAUAUAUAUGAUUUUGUGUAAUGUCCAGCUAUAUGUUGGACUGCAGCAGCCUUAUUUUUAUAUUAGAACAAUGUGAGAGUGGUUUCAAUGUGCAGAUAGAAACGGCAUUAGUGGUGGGGCUAGAACAAGAGUGGUCUAAUACAUUCUCAAUGAGUUAUAGAAACAGUCUAAGAAAGUUUUGGUUGAUAUAAAAUGUAAAAUAAAAUACAAUGAAAUAAACAAUCUUGUAUUACAUUAAUACUCUUAAUAGUUGAAGCAUUUUUAUAAAUAUAAAACGUGCUCUUUGUCAAAAACAUGCUGAAUGCACACAGACCACAUUAACUGUCAGCCAUCCAAUUUCAACUUGGUGAUAUGAUCUUGAGAUUGCCCAUUACCUGUGUAUUUGGAUUCAAUUUAAAGGAAGUUAAGGAAGGAAAAUUGUGACAAAACCUGCAUAUAUCACGGGUGGAGAACAACUCAGUCUCUUUUCCCCAAGAUUUCAUAAAUAAAAAUCAGUAGGCACAUGGAUGUAGUAGUAGCGGUGAAUGUAAGAAGCAUCAGUUCACUCGAUGUCCACUUAUUUAGUUUUUGUUUUCUUGCUGUGUGAAUUAACGGGUGAAUCCUGUUAGCAGAAUAAGGUGCUUGAGAGAGAAUGGAAUCUCCAGUUGGGAUGGGUGGUUACUCUUUAGCAGUUUCUGAAUGAACUCUUCCUUCAGUAUUCCACAGUCACCGCUUUAGUCCUGAGGUAUUCAUGGAGAGCUUCUUCUCCUGUGUGGGGGAAAAGGGAAAUAAGAAAAUAAGAAAGUUUGUCUUUUAAUUCUGUCAGGGGGUAGUACAAUUAAUGCAGUCCACUUGACAUGGAAUCACAGUGAAGUCUGAAACAGUAUACAUGAACGGAUGGUUUUCACAGACCCUGUACAUGGACGACCACACCUAGGGUAAAAUUAGGUAGUCCAAGAUUAGUGCAUAUCAUGGUCUGGGAAACCAGCCAACAGUCUUGAUGUUGUAAAGUUUGUCUAUAGAUUUACGUGUACGAUUGCGGCAGACAAAUUAAAGAAAAGUUUAACUAAAUGGACCUGACAAGAACACAUUGUCUCACUCCCAACACCCAUCGCCUAGGUAACUAGCCUGCCAUUGGGGCUUUUCCAUUCCCUUUUAAGGAAAAAUGAUGUCAUUGAGAGACUGCAUUUAAACUGAGAAUACUGAAAUAUUCUUGGUAUUGCUCUGAUCCGUGCUUGAAAAGAGGAUACCUGCAAACUGUUGUCACCAUGUAACCUUUAAGAUGCCUGGUUGUAACUUUGCACCUCAGAACUUUUAUCUUCAAUAAACUAUACUUAUCUGGACUCAAAAAGAA